CAAAUUGUUAACUCCCUUGUUAUCAUUAUUAUUUUAGGCACCUAAUUAAACCGCCCGAUUCUUGGCCAAUCCCCCACUGUGGGUAUGUGCCACGGCCACUCAGGACAACAACAACAACAACCUGGAUCACACGGAUGCGUGUGUACGACAGUCGACGCAGGCGUUGCCGAACUAUAGGCACCGUCUCCUGCGACAUCGGUGAAGAACCAAAGCGGCGGCCACUGCGAAGCUCCAUUCCGAGUCGUUACCCAGGACUUCCACCAAAUGUUACGAAGAGGAAGCCCGAUGCACAAACGUAUCUACAACUAUUUACACGUGGAAAAAUAAAGUCCCACUUCUGCCAACCGGGGGGUUUCACGUCGUGUCACAUCAGUCCUUCAGUAGGCUCUCCUCGUCCGUGCAAGCCCGUUCAGCAGAGUAGCCCGUUCCGAUACCCUCUCUACGACGCCGGCGCACCACUGGCGAGUCCUGAGGCCAUCAGCGCUGAGCCCAAUUCCGGUGGCGGACCGAGGGGGCAGCAGCACACUGUGGCGCUCGAUUCCCUGGUGGGGCCAGCCGAAAAUUUGAGGGGUCCUGAAGCACGCGCGUUGAUGAUCGCCAGGCCACCACCCGACUACACUUCCGCGGGGAUGGUCAAAGAAUGUGCCGCCGAGCACGACUUCAAGCACUUCGCGGCGACCCCGCUACACGGAUCUCCGUACGACCUCAACGAUCUGGCUCACAGGUUGAAGCACCACUCAAGCUCGCGAAGCGACUACGACUUGAUGAAUCUGCAAGGUCCGGAGAGGAUCGAACUAUGCUACAGGUUCUCAGGCUGUGGUAGCCACGUCCGCUGUAGCAUCAAUGAGAAGUCGAGAGACGUUCGCGAGGCUACAAACGUCAACGGCCACCGCCUCGUAGGCCACCAGUCACCGGUGAAGUUCGAGCCGCCUCCUUCGCCUCCCGUGUCCCCGGCGUGCCCCAGCGCCCUGGCCGAACCUCUGACGCAGCCCCAGGCGCUGACGGCUGCCCUCGGACCGGUCAGCUUCACCGAGGAGCACCACCACCAGGCGAUGAGUUGCUCGUCCGCUGGCCGGGGCUCGCUCCAGCUGUGGCAGUUUCUCGCGGCGCUGCUAAGGAACCCGGGAAAUGCGCCGUGCAUCGCUUGGACUGGUCGGGGACUCGAGUUCAAGCUCACCGAUCCCGAGGAGGUCGCUCGCCGAUGGGGUGUCCAGAAGAACCGACCUGCCAUGAACUACGAUAAACUGAGUCGCUCACUCAGGUACUACUACGAGAAGGGCAUCAUGCAAAAGGUGGCCGGUGAACGGUACGUGUACAAAUUUGUCUGCGACCCCGAGCUGGUGGGCAACUCGCCGCCCGAUCCCGUCGUCAAGGCGAGGUUCCACGACGGACCAGUUGACAAGGAGUCUACGGCGCCUCACCAUGCACAGCCGCCCCCGCAGAGCUGGCACGCAAGACCCGGCAUCACUGUGUCGCACGAGUGCGGACAGUUCCCCGUGUAUGGCACCGAUUACGCCGCCACGUCCAUAGCUCUCGAAGGCUGUUGACGGGACGUAGCGUCCCGAUGACGUCACCACGAGAAAAAGAUGCGCCCGUCACGUCUCGGACACGCAUGACAACGGAUUCCACGCAGGCAAUGUCUCUCCGCAGCAAGGUCCAAAAGAAGGAAAGAAACGUUUUCGUUCUCGUCGCUUAAAAAAGAAAUCGCAGUUUCGCCCGAAAGGCGAAACAGCGAUUGCGAUAGCACA